CCUCGCCCCGGUUCCAGUAGUUGGUAUAGUCCGAGACGGUAUGGCUGCGGCACUUCGGCCCUCGAGUCGAGUUCUCCUGCAGGCACCGCAGAUUUCGAUGUAUCCUGGGGUGGGAGGCUCCGGCUCCGUCAGCUGCUGCUGCCCUCUCGGAGACAACACCCAGCAAGAGAAGUACCAUUCUUUUCUCCAUUUACAGAGGAGGAACAAGCUAAAAGAUACCUACUUACAGAUAAUGUGGUGAAAUUAAAAGAAUUUCAGCAAAAGAAAGUGGCUGUUGCAUGCAGUCUUCCUGGCACUAAAGAAACUUAUUUUAGAAACUUGAAAGAGAAGCUGACCCAGAACAAGCUUAUCUUGAAGGAGGAGUUGAUAACCUUACUUCAUUUGUGUGAGUCCCGGGACCACGUGGAGCUGGCUAAAGAUGUCAUUUACAGGUACCAUGCAGAGAACAAAAAUAUCACUUUGGGGGAGUAUAAGUUUGGACCACUUUUUGUGAGGCUGUGUUAUGAGCUGGAUCUCGACGAAUCUGCAGUGGAGUUCUUGAAAGACCAGCAUUUACGAGGUUUCUUCUCAGACUCCACAUCAUUCAAUAUUUUGAUGGACAUGUUAUUUAUCAAAGGCAAAUAUGAAAGUGCUUUGGAAGUAUUGAUAGAGAUGAAAAACCAAGAUGUGAAGUUCAGCAAAGAUACCUAUGUUCUUGCUUUUGCAAUUUGCUACAAACUGAAUAGCCCUGAGUCUUUCAAAAUCUGUACUACAUUAAGAGAAGAAGCUCUACUCAAAGGAGAAAUUCUCUCCAGGAGAGCAUCCUGUUUCGCUGUGGCAUUAGCUCUGAAUCAGAAUGAGUUGGCAAAAGCUGUGUCCAUUUUUUCUCAAAUUGUGAAUCCAGAAAGCAUAGCCUGCGCUAAUUUAAAUGUUAUAAUCCAUAUCCAGUCAAAUGCAUUGGAAAACCUGAUAGAGACUCUAACAAAUGCUGCGGAAGGAAAUUUAUCAAAAUUUGUGAAAAGACAUAUGUUCUCAGAGGAAGUGCUGGCCAAAGUGAGGGAAAAAGUGAAGGAUGUGCCUGCCCUUGUGGCCAAAUUUGAUGAGAUCUAUGGGAAACUACACGUCAGUGGCCAGGUCACCAAUUAUUCUUUGGAUGCUGUGCUCUGCUACACCCCCAGGGACAAGAAAUCCCACACAUUGCUGUUAAACAAGAGGAUGGUCAGCCGUCGCACCUUCCGGCCACUCAGCCAGUCCCUGUUGGCUGAGUAACCCUGGUUUCAGUCCACCUAUGGAUCUGAGGGGCCUGCUUCUAGUGAGUUAUUGCCUUUCCUAAGAAGUCAGGCAUCGCACUUCAGCAGACACUGUACUGACACUUGGUCUCCUCCUGAAAUUCCCAGAUUCACUGAAUGGUACCAUGCCAACCUGUGAGAAGUUAUGUUGCAUCACUGUGAAGGUCUAGAUGCAAGCUUGGCUCCCUCAGAAAGGCGCUUCCCUUUUGCACUGCUGAGGAUCCUUGAAGGAACAUGGUCAGUCUCCAGUUCAGCUUCUGGCACCAGAGUGGAACCCAGUAAGCACCAUCAGGAAUGAAUUUCACUACAACUGUGGACAACUCUGAUUUCCAAGGGAGUAGUUACUUGCAAAUUACAUCCUUGCUGAAUUCAGGAGGUCUAAAACCCUACUCUACCAUGUUAGAAAACAGCCCAGGAUUUUCUCAUUGCUCUGCCAUCAUAUAUAUCUAUGACUAGAGCCCUCAUUUUUCAUCUGCAAAACAAUAUUGCCUAUGUGUAUUUGCAUAUAGAUUUGAAAUCUUCAUUCAAGGUUCGGUAGGAUCAGAUUUUCUCAAAAAUAAGAUAAAUAAGGUUCAUAAGCAAACUUGAUGGGAUUGUGGUUGUUUUGUUCUCUCAGCAGCACAAACAAAACCAGAAUUUAGCCUUUAGGACUGCUGAGUAAGCCAAAUUUAAAUGAUUACUGCUUUGAUCAUGGGUAAGCCAUGUGCUUUUCAAAAUAAGUGCCACUAAAAGCCACAUAAUGCUUAGGUUUCUAUGUGGAUAAUAUUUAGUCCUAUAGUUUAUCUUAUUUGUUAAUGAUUUUUCUCUCUUGAAUGCCUCAUAUUAAAAAAAAAAAAUGUGCCAUGAGAGCAGUUCAAACCUGCUUCAUACUUAUGAUGGUCUGAAAUAUAGUAUGUGUUGAAUUUUACCGUAUCUGUUCACCAGUGAGCAGAAGAUACACAGUGACCCCACCUCACUUGCUCCUUUUGUUUCAGAAAGCCCAGAGGGUUGCUCAGACCUCAGGAGCUGUCUGCCAAGAGUGCUGCAGACUCUUCAUUGCUACCUCCAAAACUAAGACUGUUCACUUGGUGGUUGUUCUGAGGCAAGGAUUAUAGAGUCAGAAACUGUAGACUAGGAGGAGUCUCCUAAUUAAUUCCUUCAUCUUUCAGGUGAAGGAAAUGAUCCAUGCAACAGAUCCCUAAUCUCACCUGUACACUGUGUCCCAGUGAGAGAAUCACAGCGUCAGGUGUUUGCUGAAUCCAGGUCUGAGAUCACAGUCCCACCUGAGGACAGGAUCCACAUAUGAGAGUCACAAAUUGGCAUAAUUGAUUUGUGGUAGAGCUGAGAUUAGAAUCCAGAUUCCUAGUCUAGUACCUUCCCACUGUACCACAUUAUGUCUGCAGAGGGGAAAAAGGAGCAGCUCUUAAGAAAUAGAAUACUAAGGGCCCCCGUGACUGUGUGGCCCUGGGCAUCCUCAGUUUCCUCAUUUGGUAAAUGGGGAUAAUAGUACCUACCUCUUAGGCUUGGUGUGAGGAUGAAAUGAGAUAGGGAAUAUAAAGCAAGCAGAUAGUGGCUGGCACAUAGUACAUGCAAUAUGUUUGAAACUAGUUAAGGAAUUAUAAAAACAAAUGAGUUCUUCCUUCUCAAAAAUACUGAAUUUCUUUUCCUUGUACUCUGUGAAACACUGGACAGCCCCAUUUAGAGAAACAAAUUCUCUGCCCUCAUAGAAUCCUAAUUGUUUCUGUAUGUGUCUGGUGUUUUGCACACACGCCAAAAAAAAAAGUGCUUGGAUUUCUCCACCUUCAGUCUCAGUUGCUUCCUGUCCCCGCAACUUACUCUUCAUCUUCAACUCUCACAGUUCAAAUGGCUCCAGUGCUGUGGGUGAGUGUGGCCCUGGUUGUUAGCUAACAACCAUUCAUUAGCAAAAUAACCAAAUUUUGUGAGCAGUAAAUAGCAACAAGCUUCCCAGUCCCUGCUGCCCUGAGCAGCAGGUGGCUGGUGCUCAGCUGACUGGAAAAACUGGUCCAUUCCACCUGUCCCAGAAACCUUAGUGCAGAGGUAACUAAUAUGCAUAAUGUUCACCCCAAAGUAAUAGAUAAUUCUAAAGUCUAAAAAAUUCCAAUAAAAAAGUGUUCAAUAUA